CCUGUACUGUGUCCACAGUCUCUGGUCAUCUCCUGCACUGUGUCCGCAGUCUCUGGUCAUCUCCUGCACUGUGUCCGCAGUCUCUGGUCAUCUCCUGCACUGUGUCCGCAGUCUCUGGUCAUCUCCUGCACUGUGUCCGCAGUCUCUGGUCAUCUCCUGCACUGUGUCCGCAGUCUCUGGUCAUCUCCUGCACUGUGUCCGCAGUCUCUGGUCAUCUCCUGUACUGUGUCCGCAGUCUCUGGUCAUCUCCUGUACUGUGUCCGCAGCCUCUGGUCAUCUCCUGUAUAUGUCCGCAGUCUCUGGUCAUCUCCUGUAGUAUGUCCGCAGUCUCUGGUCAUCUCCUGUACUGUGUCCGCAGUCUCUGGUCAUCUCCUGUACUGUGUCCGCAGUCUCUGGUCAUCUCCUGUACUGUGUCCGCAGUCUCUGGUCAUCUCCUGUACUGUGUCCGCAGUCUCUGGUCAUCUC